AUGAAACGACCUGCUUUCUGUCCUAAGGAAGAUCAUAACAAAGAAGAGCUAAAGUACUUUUGCAAAGACUGUGAAACGCCAGUUUGCCAAAUUUGUGUCACAGUAGAGCAUGGGGGUCACAAUAUAAAGUUAAUCAAAGAAGGAGCCGAGAGACAAAAGACAGAGAUUAAGUCUUUCAUAGAAAAACAGCGACAUAAUUUACAAGCAAAGAUGAAUGCCGUAAGCCGACUUGAUGAAGACUGUGCCAGAAUAACACAACAAGGCGAAGAUGUAAAGAGAGAGAUUCAAACAUUUGUUGACAAGUUAAUUGCAGUCAUUGAAGCAAACAAGAAAAACAUAUUCACAGAGGUGGAUAAAGAAACAAGCAAGUCAAUUGAAAGCAUAACAAGGCGAAAGACCGAGAUCGAGCGUCAAAUGACGGCCAUAAAAUUAUCUCUGGAGAAGGCUGAGAAACUUUUCACCCGAAGUACAAACGCUGAAAUCGUUCAACUGAAGAAAUCAUCAGACACCAUCUUUGAAGGAGUUCAUCAAAUCGAGCCAACCGACUGUGACCCCGAACUUGUGGCUCAAUUUGUCUUCGUGGAAAAUUAUAAGUUGUUCAACACAGUCAAAACCGAACAAAUUGGAACUUUGAAAAAACCAACAAAAGCAAGUCAUUGUGAUAUUGAAGGCAAAGGACUGGAGGAAGGAAUUGCUCUCCGUGAAGCUCACUUUACCUUGACAACAAAGGAUACCGAAGGAAGACAGUGUUACAAUGAACGUGACCAUGUUACGGUGGAGAUCAGGGACGAACAAGGACGAGAAUGCACGUCAGAAAUACAAAUAAAUGAUUGUAAAGAUGGACUCUAUCAAGUCAGAUAUUGUCCCAGACAUCCAGUAAAAUGUCAAGUGACUGUAAAGGUAAACGGAGAACAUGUCCGUGACAGUCCUUUUGCUGUGCAGGUAACACCAUUUCAGUUUAAACCUGUACUUUCCUUCGGGAAAGUGGGCUCGUCCAAAGGAAUUUUAAGGCUUCCUUGGGGGGUAGCAGUAAAUGCUAAGGAUGAGAUAGCUGUAACUGAUUUGGGCAACCAGAGAGUCCAAAUUUUUAACAGUGAAGGAAAUUACUUAAGAUCGCUCGGUCGGUCUGCUACCAAAGAGGGAGAAUUUAAUUUUCCUACCGGAAUAACAUAUCAUAAUAAUGGGAAUAUUUUCGUGGCAGACAAUGACAACGGUAGAAUACAGAUUUUCAGUGGGAAGGGUAAGUACGUGGGAACCUUUGGUAAGGGAGGAAGCCUUGAUAGUCGGCUCAGUAAUAGUCUCCGUGGUUUAUCAGUAGACAGUGAUGGGAAUAUCAUUGUCGCUGAUUCAGGUAACAGGCUGAUUAAGAUAUUUUCUCCUGAUGGCAAUUUUCUAACGAAGAUAGGAAAGCAGGGCUCUUUGACUAAUCCUGUCCACUGUAUUCAGUAUGAAAGAUAUCUCAUAGUGUCAGACCGCCGGAAACAUUGUAUCAAAGUUUUUGACAGGAAAGGAAACUUUCAGUACAAGUUUGGAAAGAAGGGUGGAGGGAACGGGGAGUUAAGUAGUCCCUGUGAUUUGUUGGUGAACAAAUCAGGUCACCUGAUGGUCUGUGACCAAGGUAACCACAGAAUACAAGUAUUUGAGCUGAAUGGAAAGUUUCUCGGCAAGUUUGGAAAAAAGGGUGCCAAUUUAGGAGAGUUCAAUAAUCCAACUUCUUUAGCAGUUCUCAGCAAUGGCCAAAUUGUUGUUUGUGAAGCUUUUAACCAUCGUAUACAGAUACUGGAAUAAACUUGUUCAUAUUUUUUUGUACUAUUGCGCCGAACAAAAAUCAAUUAAUUAAUUUUGAGUUUAUAACCAUGGAAUGUAAAACAUUGGAGAUUCUACUUAUUCUGUGAAUGACCUUCUUUGUUAUUCUAAACCUUAACAACAGCUAUUAUUCAAAGAGUAACUAGGUUUAGCCAAGAUAACACUAGUUAUGAAUUACAGGGAUGGAAGAGGGCUUAAAAUAUUAAAAUUCGCUUUCUUUUACACCAGAACAUCUGCAGUAAUCUAAAGACAAAUAAAGGACUUGUCUUAGGGACAAGAUUAUAUAUAUUAAUAACAAGGCGAGGGCAGUGGUCUGGAAACAUUCAUUCAGUCAGUAGCAUAUAUUAUCAAACAGCCAGGAGGGGAAGUUAACAUAUACAUUUCAAGUGUAACUGAUAUUACACAGUUCCCUGUUUAAGAUCAUGCUGUUUUUAGAAGUAACUUUUAGGGAGAGUUAAGACCACUUUUUAUGCUUCGUUUUUGUUCGUAAUUCACUUCGCUGGGAAAGAAAAAAUUAAAGUAAUGCAGGAGACAGUUUUCAUUAUUGCCUUCUCUUAAGCUAAGGGGAAUAUGUCAUUAACUUUUAUGUACGAAGGCAACGGCUUUUAUGUAAAUCAUCAGUGUGGCCUGCAGAUUUCAGUAGUAGAAAACAUAAUACAGUAAUCAGAAGGUGUUUAUCUGUUUUGUAAGAGUUGUCUUUUUUGGACAAUCCAAUAUUGUAGUCAAUAGAUUUGCAACCUAGCUAAUUGUAAGAUGUUCCACUACUUUUUCAUGAGAUAAGUUUUGACCCUAGUAUAGAUUACCUAGUUGAUAGAGGUCAAAUCUAACGAAACUUAUUUCGACUCGCAAUUGAGUACUUUCAAUAAGUUAUUAGAUACAAUUCACUGAACCAUUUCGUGUAUAGUGUCAUAAGACUUAAUGUACCAUCGUUUUGAGUCUUGAUGUAUCAUUAAAGACGUUAUGAUUUGAAUUUAAGAUGAUGAUUAACUAUUUAAGGUUAUUGUCAACAAAAUAGGGCACCUUCUGGAAAAGGCAUCCAUAGCGCGAAACUAUAGAAAAAACCACGGAAAGUUAUAUAACACUAUAAAGUUUAUAAAGCAUAGUUUUUGAGGGUAACUAGAUUUUUUUCGAAGUUUUUAUUUUUUUAGGCGUGCGCGAGCCCAAAAAGAGUUUAAAAAAAGCACAAAACGGUAUUUGCUCUACUGAAUUACCAGCCUCCGUGUUAUCGCUGACCUCCAAACAAACUGGACAGUAUCAUUCAGCAGAUAAUAGGCUAACAAAUUGUUUGAGGCUUUUUGUUGUUCCUAAUGCUUCCUGGGAAAAUUUGGUUUGAAGUUAGAGAAUAGAAAAUUUUCAUUUGUGAAGAUCCUACCUUCUAUAAACUCGACGCUAGUGAACUGAUCGAAUGAAUUUAUUGUCAGUUUCUCAUUCCUGAGAACAAGGAAUCGUUCUUUAAGUGCCAGCUCAUAUUCAGUCUCAAAUUUCCCCCUUUCGUCAAAACAUGAAUAAACGUCUGUAACGGGUCAAGUCAUCUUUAGUCACUAUCUUUGCCAGGUUUAUUUUAGGCUUUCCUUUUUCUCUCAAACACAUUUCUGGGUUUACAGCUGCAAUGACUCUUCAAGUGUUAUUGCAGCCAUAAACCCAGGACCCUUAUCUUAUUAACAGUGGAAGUCUAUCGAUGUCUCCUUCUUGUGAUAGUAAUAUCUUCUCGUUUCUCGUGACAGUUCCAGCCGAAGAACGGCAUGCAGGCGAGUCAGUUUUAUUUUUUUUCAGAGAAGCAGGAAUCCAAAGAACCCUUAAUUAAAGUGUUUCUUGUAUCAAGAAAGUUCUGUGAUUAGUUUAUUCACAAAACUUGCCGUCAUAACAACUAAUUAGUGUCUAUAAUUGUGAAAUAAUUGUGACUUCAAAUCAAACUCGUGCUGCGGAUUCGUUUUGAAAUUGCGCGUAUCAUUUCAGACCAAAUUGCAGACUAUAUAAUCAAUUAUGUAGCAAUUCUCUUUCUAUUCUUUUCCAACCAUAUUGAAUGUAAUUUAGAAAAAACAUGUUUCUGUGGUUUUCAUACCAGAAUUUUGCACCGCAGCCUGGGUGCGCGGCCUACUUGAUUGAGGUCGAAUCCAACUUAAAGUAGGCUGUUGUACAUGAAAGAGUUAAGUAUCACAAGACUUCAUGUGUUAUUUUCUUUUCUUGCACCUUUUUUGUUAUUAUAGUAGCAAUAAGUUGUCAGAGCUGACUCGAUUAUUUGACUUUUAUUUAAGAUAAUGGUUAAUAAUCAAUGAGAGAUGAACUUUUCACCAUCAGUUACCUUGAGGAAAACAUUUUGGAAUAUUUGAUGUAUCUUAGGAAAUGAAUAAAUGAGGUCUAACUUCAAAACAAGUGUUGCUAGAGUUUGCAUGUCAAGUGCUUGAAAUAAGGCUACUUUUCAUUUAUAACAAGGGGGAGGGUGACACCUCGUUUUAAAUUAGAGCUUUCACUGUGCAUGAGAUCUAGAUGGCGGGGACUCAACAAGUUGAAUUAUGAGAGAUAUUUUGUUCCCGCAUUUCAAUAAGGGAUAUUAACCUGAGUACGACUACUGGCUUAUAAGACGUUUACAUCCAAGAGUUGAGCAGAUAUGUGAAUUAAUCGGAGCGAAAGAAACUUAGACGCAAUAUAAAAGUUCAAACACUUGAACACGAAUGUGGCCACCAUUUCACUGUUUUGUUAAGCGAUGUAGCCGUUAUGACGUCAUGUUGGUAAUGAUGGUUAACAAUACGUGGUAUUUAUCAGGGCAGAAAAGGAAUACAGCUUACGACAUGGAAGGGAUGUAAUUUUUUGGAUAAAGGAUCUCUCUACAGAGCAUAUUUUACCCAACAUCUUCCCUUCUGCAAGUGAACUUUAAAUACUUCAAAAUUCGUUAUGGCUUUCGCGAAAUUCUUGAGGUAGAUUUAGGUUUUACGCGACUUUAAAUUCAGAUCCUUUGAGAGGACAUUGCGCCAAAGUGCGUGAGAGUCUACGUAAUUGAUCAGGUCACGCGGGGAGCCACGUAAGGCGUGCUCUGCGUUUCUUCCUCCCGUUUCUCGGGCUACCGACCUAAGCUCUAAAAACUUUUAAAACAUUUCCUAUUUACUGAGACUGCAGCUCCGGAAGGUACCGCGUUAAUAGAACAGUGAAGACUUUUCCAGGAUGAUGCUUCCACCCAAAUAAGCAAUCCUAUAUUUAAAAAGUGCAACCAUUUUGCAAUGACUCUUUUUAAAGUCAUUAUAUUGCCGCUGUCAACUCAGGGCUUCUACUCAAAUUUCCUCUCUUAUUAUCAAGUUUUUGUGACAUGUAGGUAGGAUCUUCACAGCAGGACAAAAAACAACAUGCGAGUCAUACAGAUUUCCUUUAGAACGUUUUCACCUUUUCAAAGGGGAAUAUUAGUAGCAUUUCAUUGUGAAUAAGCAGUCGCCUCUUUGUACGAAACCUUCACUAGUGAAACGUUAUCGUUAAAUUAUCAAAAAAUGAUCUUAAAAAGUUAGAAAUCGUUGGCAUGAUUGGAAAAUAAGUACUGGAUGAGAGAAAAAAAAUCGAAAACGAUUAUCGCCUGUUUUGAGAGGAACUCUUAGAGCGCUGCAAUGUUGGAUGUGUGACGUCACGCUCGGUGGGUAUGUGCGAGUCUGAUCAGGUCACGAGUGGGACCGUGUGAGGUGUGUCUACGAGUUUCUUUCCCUUAUUAUGCUAUAGAUUCAGGUUUAAAAAUAUAUUUUAUUUAAGACGGUAGCACAAUCAAAUCUACUGUCAAUAAGUUAAUCAAAGAAGAAGCCGAGAGACAAAAGACUGAGAUUAAGUCUUUCAUAGAAAAACAGCGACAUAAUUUACAAGCAAAGAUAAAUGCCGUAAGCCGACUUGAUGAAGAAUGUGCUAGACUGAUACAACAAGGCGAAGAUGUGAAGAGAGAGAUUCAAACAUUUAUUGACAAUUUUAUUGCAGUCAUUGAAGUCUGA